AAACAUCUCUUGCUCAUCCUGCAAAUGUGUGCACUGCUGGGGGGUGCUGGGCUGGCUAAGGCUGCACCUUAGUUUUGAGUGGAUGGCACAAGGCACUGUGGUACCUGAGAAGCUGUAGCUUCUCUGCAAAGGUGUAGUGGCUUUUUGGAGCUUGCCACAUUUUAGGCUGCCUCUGUGCUUUGUCUUCUAGCCUUUUUUUCUGCAAGCACAGUGACCAGGAAAAUGUCUGGGAGGAUGCAAGGUUUUUGUAUAGCACAGGAAUGCUUAGCUUCUUGUCGUCAUGUUGGUGAGGCUUGUGGAAAUGCUAUGACUGCCAUCAAGUUCUCUCUUCCUCAUAACAACCAGGCUAAUGGACACCACUGACUAGGAGGUGGCAGUUAAGAGUUUGGAAUGAACGCACUUCUCCUGUCUGCUUGGUUUGGCCACCUCCAUGUCCUGCAUAUCCUUGUCAAUGCUGGGGCGAAGAUAAACUGUGUUAAUAAGAAUGGCAGGAACCUGCUUCAUUGUGCAGCACAGAGGGGACACCUCCGGGUGAUGGAAUUCAUCAUGGAGGACCUGGAAGAUGUGUGCGUGGAUCAGACAGACAAGAUGGACAGGACAGCAUUUCACCUGGCUGCAGAGCAUGGUCAGCUGGAGGUGGUGGAGUUCCUAAUCCGGCACGGUUGUUCUCACAGUGCUAAAGACAAGGAAAAGGAUACAGCACUGCAUUUAGCUGCUAAAAAUGGACAUCUUUCUGUGCUGCAGAAGAUUGUAGAUGUUGGAGUUGACCUUGAUGAAAAGAACUUAGAAGGACUUACGUGUUUACACCUGGCUGCUGAGGGAGGUCACAGUGACUGUGUAAAGCUGCUCUUGGCAGCAGGAGCUGAUGUCAAUGUCCAAACUCAGAAGAAAAUGAACUGCCUUCAUUAUGCAGCGCUACAUGGCUAUGAGGAGAUAGCCAGGAUCCUUGUGAAUGCAGGAAUCCACGUCGAUGCUGUUAAUCAUCAAAAUGCUUCAGCAACACACUUGGCGGUACUGCAGAACUUCCCAGCACUGGUGAAGCUCCUCAUUGAUGCAGAGUGUGACCUUGACAUUCCAGAUAAUAGGCAGCAGACCUCACUUCACAUCGCUGCAGAGCACGGCAGGCAGGACAUCGCCGAGAUGAUUCUCAUUGCAGGAGUAAAUCUGAAACUAACAGACAAGCAGGGAAAAACAUCUCUGGAUGUUGCUGCCCGAGGCAAUCACAUCAACUUGGCAGACAUGAUUAUCAAGGCAGAUCGGUUUUACAAAUGGGAAAAGGACAACCUGAACAGUGACUCCAAUUCCUGGGUGGCAAAGCACUUGACCUUUAAGCAAGAUCACAGGGUGGAAACACAGCACAUUCGCUCAGUAAUGUGGAGGUUAGCCACUAAAUACCUCAAACCUGGUGAAUGGAAGAAGCUGGCACAUUACUGGAAAUUCACUGAUGCACAUAUUAGAGCCAUUGAGCAACAGUGGACAGGUACUGCAAGCUACAGAGAGCAUGGCCACAGGAUGUUGCUAAUCUGGCUUCACGGUGUGAUCAUGGCAGGAGAAAAUCCAGUCAAGGGGUUGUAUGAAGGUCUUGUGGGCAUUGGAAGAAGAGAUUUAGCAGAAAGCAUUCGGAAAAAAGCAAACGCAGACCCUGCUUCUCCAAAGAAGUGCACAGCAAUGUAACCCCCACUGGUUGUCACUGGCUGUCUUAUGAGCUACAAGAGAAUCACUUGCUAUGCUACUUACCAGAAGGCAGCUAAAAGUUCAGUGCUUGUCAUAAAAGUCACUGCUGCUUCCUUCUUGGUCUGGAACUACCAGGAUAUCAGCAAACAGUAGCAGUCCAAAUGCCUCCUUUAUAAAGAAGUGGGAUUUUAUUGGCUAUUCCAUAUGUUCCAAAUACUGUAAUAAGAGGUAAGUCACAGCAUGGCAAGUGAGACUAUCAGAAAAUACUGCAGUAUUUUACUGUAACUUGUUUGUGUCACAAUUUUGUAUAUAAGUUUUUAAUUGUCAAUUUUAUAAACUGGGGAGAACGCCUUUGUUUUGAGAAAUGUUCUUUGCUUAUCUGUUUUGUGUUUGUUUCUAGUGCUUGCGCCUUAGAUUUGUUCUCAACUUCCCUCUUAGCACAGGAGUUUGUUCAGAAAAGUUGAGGUGACUGCAUGGUCUGUGAUCUUUAAGGAGAAGAUCGUUAACUUCAUCGGUGUAACAUUUAUAAAUCAGCUGGGUAACUUGAAAAGCCUAGAUGAGCACGGAGUUAUCUGUGUUCUAGGAAACAAAGAGUGAAGUUGUUAAGAUGACCUGAAGGCUGAUGUUUUCAUCUAGAGCACCGCUGUGUGGAUUUUACUGUUUUAACUCAAAGAUGUUAGCAUUGAUUAUUUUACACAGUCUCUCAUAAGGCCAGUUUUCAUAAACACAGAUUUGACUCGUCAGCUUUUGUAUUUUUAGAGUGUUUUGAGUAGAAGUAAUGUCUGUAUUUCAAUGAAUCAGAAUUUUACUGUUAAAUUUGCACACUAUUGCAUAUUAUAUCCUAGUCAUCCUUUUCUUAAAAAAAAGAAAAAAUACAUAAAGAAAUGAAUCCAACAACAACAAAAAAAUGUGUAAUUCUUUCUCAUUGCUGACCCACCACAGCCUUGUAAGUAGAACUGUUCAACACAAGAGGCAAGUUCAUGCAGAAGAUUCCUUAACUUCUAAAAGGUACCUGUACAGGUAGACCUAGACCUCAGAAAGCCACGCUUCUGUUCUCUUGUAAUCAGUAGAAGAGGCAAUUGCUGAAAUCGAAGUUUUAUUGAAAACUAUUUUUAACAGCUAGCAAGAAAGUUAAAAAUUUCAAAUAGAAACUAACUUGCAACACAGCAUUUAGAGCAAAUAAGUGAUGGCAACAU